CUCGCAAGUCGAUGUUAUCCCUCAUCUACAUGUGCUUCUUAGAGUCUCUUUAACAUUUACAAACACUUCAAUAAUUUUGGAACCAUUAGUGAAUUACUUGGAAAAUUUUUUAUAACCAUUUUCUAUCACAGUUACUUUUACGGAGAGUGAUGAAUUGAGUCAAGUGAAGUGGUAAAGUGUUUUUUAAUAUUGAGAAAAAACUGUAAGAACAAUGCCAAGAGCUUUCCUUAUCACUCAUCGCCGGUAUAAUGGUAGCGAAGACUUUGAAGACACUGGUCGGAGUUUUGGUAUCGAAAGACGAAUACGAAUACCGGAAUACAAUUCAAACCAACCAACUUCUGAUGGAGUUAGUGACUGUGGAAGCGAAACAUCUUCGGAAUGUCCAGAAGAACUUUAUAAUUUAACUAAACUUGCUGAAGUAAGCUUAGCUGCUGCUGCAGGAACACUUAUUCAUCCUAGUAAUGUCAUCUAUCACCGACCAAUGUCUCCGAAAUGGACCCCAGCUGUCGAAGAUCUUCAUAAAUAUCGUUCGAUCUCAGCGGAAACUCAAAUUACUCAUCGGCCAGUUGAAGAAACAGAAUUAAGCUUGAAAGAAAGAACAAGAUUAUUUUUUGAAAGAAUUGAGGCAGAAAAAGAAAUUCUUGAAGAUAAAAGUCGUUUAUCAUCAACUCACCUUGAACAAGAUAGUAGGAAAUUAUUCGCAAUCAACCAACCAAUAACUCCUGCAAGAAGAAACUCCUCAGGUCAUUCAGAUUCUUCCAAAACAGAUGAUAAUGAAGAUCAUGAGUGCCCUGAUUGUGGAAAAAAAUAUUCAACUUCUUCAAAUUUAGCUAGACAUAAACAAACGCAUCGUUCUUUGGGAGACAAAAAAGCUCGACGCUGUCCUCACUGCGACAAAGUUUAUGUCAGCAUGCCAGCAUUUAGCAUGCAUGUUAGAACUCAUAAUCAAGGAUGUAAAUGUCAUUAUUGCGGUAAAUGUUUUUCAAGACCAUGGCUUCUCCAAGGACAUAUUAGAACUCAUACAGGUGAGAAGCCAUUUAAAUGUACCAUCUGUAACAAAGCCUUCGCUGAUAAAUCCAAUCUUCGAGCCCACGUGCAGACUCAUUCGAAUACGAAACCACACAUCUGUGGAAGAUGUGGGAAAGCUUUUGCUCUUAAAUCAUAUCUUUACAAACAUGAAGAAUCAUCUUGCAUGAGAGCUCAUAAUCGGGUAACUCCAGAAAAAAAAGAAAACACAGAUAUUGCAAUUAACACUACUUCAACCACUGCAUCACCACCAUCUUCAGGAAAUUCAGAACGGAUUUUUCCAGCCGGAGUUACGUCGUCACCCACAAGUGUUAUUGUUCCACGACCAGGCUUCGCUCGCGAAACUCUAUCAUCAUCUCCUGUUGCACUUUCAACCAUUAUUCGACACACAAAGUCAAGUCAAACGCUUUCUUCUCCGGUACCAAUUCAAAAUCAUCACUACGCAGAUGAUAUUGAAAAAUCUAGAAAAAUAGAAUGCAGCAGUGAGGGAAGUGAAUAUUUAUCAAGAAUGGUUAUAAGAACAUCAGUUAUCUCACCAAAUCCAGAACAUAUUCCCGGUCGUCAUUUAACUGGAAAGAAUGGGCUUUUUGAUUUUUCUGAUCCUUCGAGACCAUCAGCAUUCUCAAGACCAACUGGAAUAACUUUGAACCUUGCGAUAGCAUAGACAAAAAUUUAAUUAACAUAUUUAAUUUAAUAUUCAGAAAUUCCAAAAGUGUGGAAAUUUUUGUUUAUUGUAUCAAACAUAUUUUUCCCUUUAUUUUGCUGAUUUUAAGCAUCUUCCUAAUUAGGGACCAGAUAAUAGUUAUAUAAUAGUUACAAAAUCAUUCGAAUUUCGAUGAUAAUAGGAAUUUCGUCAUUUAAUAUGCAUUGUUAUUCAUUUACCUAAGAGAAUGAAUUCAUGUUUGUUGUUAGAUAAUUUUUUAAUUACUAUAAUUUUUAUUAUUCGCUUUUUAGACAAGGUGUGAAUAUGAGGCAAAAAGGAAAAAGAUAUGAUUAUGUUUUGGAUGAACAAUCAUCAAUUAUUAUUUCUUUUUUUUUUCAAAUUGUUAAGAUUGUCAGUUUCGAUUCAAUCAAACUGGCUGAGUGAAAACUAGUCGAAAUCGAUUUGCAGUAAUUAAAUGAUCAUUUCUUCUUGAUAUAAAAUAUUUGUCAAACAUACAGUGACGAUUUUAUCGACUGAGAGUUUAGAUCAUUUACCACAUAGAUGGAAGAUUGAUCAACAUAACGCAAAUCGAGUAGAAAUUAUUAAUAAUUUAAAAAAUUUAUGCUUAAUUACAAUGAAUUUAUGAAAAAAUUGACGAUUUGGAAAAUGAAAUUCAAAUGUAAUUUUUAAUAAGUAUAAAUGGGAAUAUUUUUCAUUAUUUUAUAAAGUCGUCUGUGUCUAUCCUAGUCAGUGCAUUAAUAGAAGAAUUUAUAAAAAUAGACACACUGUAAAUAGCGUUUUUAAAUAAAAUUAGUUUAUGAGUACAUUAAGUAUAAAUACAGCUUAUGUAAAUAUUGUAUCAAUCAAUUUAUUAUAGAUUAUUUAAAGCUUUUAGACGUUUAUACAGAGUGCCUAAGCUAUAUAAUAUGAAAAACUAAUUAUACGAAUU